CCGAGCGCUUCGUCAGUCGCACAUGAAACAUGAUGAGGAUGGCACGCGACCGCGUUGCCUCCUAUACCGCAUGUACGUGCGUCGCGAUGUAAACACAAACUAGUGAAGUGCAUAACAAUUACUGAAAAUGUCUAAUACAUUAAACUGACUUAAUUUGUGAUUUCGUGUCAUCUCGUCUUUCAAUUACCGUUUUGAUUCAAUCGGUAUUGACAAAUGAGUGUAGAAAAUGUUUCAAUUGCUGACUGUUUUAUUAGUGACUUUGGGUGUUAAUGCAGCGUAUGCUCCGAAAGGUGUGGAUAAUUGUUAUCAGUCGAAAGGUGAUGAGGGUGCUACUGUGUGUCGUGUGCGGACGCUUGACGCCGUAGGUUCCAGUUUAGCAUCAGCAUCUUCAGAAAACACUAAACGCCUUAACAUCGAGUGUAAUCAAGUGCUUCUAUUUGAAAGUUAUCUAGAAGCAAACUAUUUCCAAAGAUUUUCGUCGCUCUCAGAACUAUCGCUACAGAAUUGCAAACUACUUAGAAUACCGGGCAACACGUUUGAGGGAUUACGUGAACUGAAAAAGUUGUUGAUUCGAUCGAAAAACAAUGAUUGGAAUAAAAACUUGGAACUCUCGCUGGGGACUUUUAACGGAUUACGGGAACUACAAACACUCGAUUUAGGCAACAACAAUUUAAAAGUCGUUCCCUCGGAUGUAUUUUGUCCAUUGGAUAAUUUGCAAGUGUUAAAUCUAACUAAUAAUAGGAUUCGAAGUGUUGAUCGUCUCGGAUUUGGGAAAAGCUGCGGUUCCGGUCUUCGAAGUUUAGACUUAAGUAAUAAUGAGGUUAAAUCUUUAACUGAAGAGUCAGAAAUAACGGGACUCAGAAGAUUGCAAGAACUGAGACUUCAACAUAAUAACAUCAGUGAUAUUUCAGGUGAAACUUUCAAUGGGCUUAUUUCUUUACGAAUAUUAAAUAUAUCCAACAACAACAUCCAGUCUAUACCCGAGGGUACGUUUGCAAGCACGAAAGAGUUGCGAGAGGUAUAUUUAAAUAACAACCUACUAUUUGAAUUAGCCCGUGGCGUAUUUCACCGAUUAGAACAGCUGCUUGUCUUAGAUUUAUCGAGUAAUCAACUCUCAAGCGCUCAUAUUGACGGUGGAACGUUUAUCGGCCUUAUACGCUUAGUCAUUCUGAAUUUAUCUAAUAAUGCCUUGACGAGGAUAGAUGGCAAGACGUUCAAGGACUUAUUCUUCCUUCAGAUUUUAGAUCUUAAGAAUAACUCUAUCGGUUACAUUGAAGAAAACACAUUCCUUCCUUUGUACAAUUUACACACAUUAAAUUUAGCAGAAAAUCGUUUACAUACUAUAGACGAGUAUUUAUUUAAUGGUUUAUUUGUGCUUAGUAAGUUGAAUUUGAAUAAUAACUUGUUAAUAAAUAUAGAUCCAAAAGCCUUUAAAAAUUGUUCAGAUUUGAAAGAAUUAGAUUUGAGUUCUAACCAACUAGCAGAUGUCCCUUCUGCAAUUUGGGAAUUGUCUCUAUUAAAAACUCUUGAUCUUGGAGAGAAUUUAGUAACAGAUAUAAAAAAUGGAUCGUUUCGAAAUUUGGACCAGCUGACUGGGUUAAGAUUAAUUGAUAACCAAAUUGGUAAUAUAUCUGUCGGAAUGUUUUGGGAUUUACCGAGCUUGCAAGUAUUAAAUCUGGCCAAAAAUAAAGUUCAAUCCAUAGAAAGAGGUAGUUUUCAAAGAAAUAAACAAUUAGAAGCGAUAAGAUUGGACGGAAAUUUUAUAUCUGAUAUUAAUGGAGUAUUUUCGGCCUUGUUAAGUUUAUUAUGGCUUAAUUUAUCAGAAAAUCAUUUAGUAUGGUUUGACUAUGCUUUUAUACCCAGUAAUUUAAAAUGGCUUGAUGUACAUGGAAACUUUAUUGAGACUUUAGGAAACUACUAUAAACUUCAAGAUGAAAUUCACAUAAAAACUUUAGACGUGAGUCAUAACCGAAUUACUGAAAUAUAUCCACUAGCUAUUCCAAAUAGCGUCGAAUUGUUGUUCAUAAAUAAUAACCACAUAAACAAUAUCCAAGUAAAUACAUUUAUAGACAAACAUAAUCUUACUAGAGUCGAUAUUUACGCAAAUGAGAUAUCUCAUUUAGAUAUCAACAGCCUCCGGUUGUCCCCGGUUCCUUCGAACAAGUCGCUCCCUGAGUUCUAUAUCGGAGGAAAUCCGUUUAUCUGUGAUUGCUCGAUGGAAUGGUUGCCUUUAAUAAACAAUAUGACUGCAAUGAGACAACACCCUAGAAUUAUGGAUCUAGAAAAUGUUCUGUGUAAAAUGACGCAUGCGAGAGGUGUUACACAUAUACCACUUAGCAAUUUACAAUCUACCGAUUUCUUAUGCAUGUAUGAAACACAUUGUUUUACAUUAUGCCAUUGUUGCGAUUAUUUUGCCUGCGAUUGUCAAAUGACUUGUCCUAAUAAUUGCUCUUGUUACCACGAUCCAACAUGGCAUACUAACGUUGUUGAUUGUUCGGGCCAGCACGCAAAUACUACGGAAAUACCAGAUAAGAUACCCAUGGAUGCUACCGAGGUUUACUUAGAUGGAAACAACUUCAAAGAAUUGCAAAAUUAUGCAUUCAUCGGCAGAAAAAAUAUGAGAUCGCUCUAUGUAAAUUCAAGCGAAGUUGAAAAUAUACAGAAUAGAACAUUUGCCGGAUUAUCUUCUCUCAUUAUUUUACAUCUUGGAAACAAUAAACUAAAACAUUUGAACGGCUACGAGUUUGAACAUCUGAUACAGCUUAACGAGCUUUAUUUACAAAAUAACUUUAUCAGCCAUAUAGCAAACUCCACAUUCUCGUCUUUACAUUCAUUGAAAAUACUAAGAUUAGAUGGAAAUAGAUUAAUGGACUUUGCUGUGUGGAGUCUAAGUAAUAAAAAUAACUUACAUGCAUUAUCAUUAGGCAACAACAUGUGGUCUUGUAAAUGUAGAUAUUUACAAAGGUUUACAGCGUUCAUAUCUGACAAUGUUCCUAAAAUUAUUGAUAUGGCUGAUGUAUGGUGUUGGAAUAUCGACUCAUCAUCGCCGCAAAAAAAAGAACUCAACCUUAAUGGCACAAUAUGCAGCGACUAUUACGCUGGAGAUUCUGUUAUAGAUAACGUGUUUGUCUCAAAUUACAUGCCUAUGGUAACUACAUUCACUGGAUUUAUUCUGAUCAUGCUAGUCAUCCUUUUGACUUUCGUAUUUAGAGAUACAAUUCGCAUAUGGCUUUAUACAAGCUGCGGAAUAAGAUUGUUUUCAUUCACUGGAGCAUACGAUGACACUGAUAAAUUAUACGAUGCUUAUGUGUGCUACAGCCCUAAAGAUGACGAUUUUGUUAUUCAAACAUUAGCUGCUGAAUUAGAAAAUGGUAGCCCUCCGUAUCAUUUGUGUCUACAUUAUAGGGAUAUACCACAACAUGGUGUAGCUUAUUUGCAGUGUUCAUUACCUUUGUUAGAAGCAGCAGAAGCUUCUAAGCGCAUUAUUAUAAUACUAACGAGAAAUUUUAUAGAAACAGAAUGGUCACGUUUCGAGUUUCGACAAGCAUUACACGAAAUUUUAAAGUCCAGAAUUUACACUUUAGUUAUUAUAGAAGAAAGCUCGGUAUUACCCGAGGCGGAGUGUGAUCAAGAUUUGAGACCAUAUUUAAAAACGAGUUCGAGAAUAAAAUGGGGCCAGAGUAAAUUUUGGAAAAAGUUGCGUUAUGCGAUGCCGGAUAGUAAGUUUAAAUCAAAGUCAACCAGUUACAGGAACAAUAUAAAUUCAUACACCAUGAGAAGUAAUAUGCAAAAUGGAACGAUGAGAUCGUUUUCAUUUACGGAAAAAAUGAGAGGAUCAGCUGAUGGGGUGAGCUCCACACCAGAAUUCGUGGAAGAUCGUCCACAGCAAGCUCAAAUUGUGUCGUACGGGCCCGAAGGUAGGCCUCCUUCAGAUCAUAUAUAUUCUUCAAUUGAUUCCGACUAUUCAUCAUUAGAGCUUGGGGGUAACAACCCGAAUCGAAGGCGUGAGUUUAGACACUGGCCUCCGCCGCCGCCCCUUAUCGACACUCAGUCCUCAGGGCAAGCCUAUCUUGUCUAGUCUAUGUGUUUACGAACUCAAUAUAAAAAUCAUUUAGUCAAAGCUUCAUGUGAAUAUUGUAUUAAUCGCAACGCGCGCUUUACCAAAUAAUUAAGAUUUUAAUCUAUUUUUGUAAUUUCUCGCCGUUACAAAGGGCGGUCAUUUCAUAAUGUUGGUGUAAAUACAUUCUAUAAGACUGCUGUAGUAUAUUAUGUGAAUUUGUAUAUAGUGUGUAAAUAAAUGUCCAUAAUAAGUCACGAGUAUACUAUUUAUAUACUUUAAUAAAGCCAUUGUGAUAAUUUUUGCAUAA